AGCGCCGUGGCGAUUUGGCACUUGACGUGCACAAGGGUAGCUCUGUUGAGCCUCCAAACUGUCAUUCACUUGUCCCUCAUUCGCCAUUGCCCCUACUUAGGCAAUGCCUGCGCCUUUUCCAUGCUGAUCGAGCACGUCGACCGGCUGCGACGAUAUUCCCAAUCGAGAUUCAUUACCACAUCAGGCAGCAAGCCGUAUGCUGCCACUACACCACAUUUGAUCGAACGCCGUAUCGCUACAAUCUCGCUUCAGCAGCAGCAUAUGAGGCAACACAAGGCGACUAACUAGCAAACUUCUCAGUCCCGACGACUCGGUCCCUGACAAGCAGGUCUUAUACACCCGUGCUGCACGCCGCCCGAACUGCUGGAGAAUCCUGUACUUCCUAAAGGACCACGCAACGCCCUUGACGCCCAACACUCCCGGCAGCAUGGUUGCUGCGGCUUUCUUGCCUCUAUUUGCAAUUGUGCUGCUUCUCAUUGCUCGCAAGAUCCGGCAAUUUUAUGCUCUCAACCACUUUGCCGGCCACUGGUCGUCCGGCUGGUCGAGAUUGUGGCUUCUCAGGACGCAAAGCAGCGGGCGAAUGAACAAGAUAUUUACCGAGCUCAACAACAAGUAUGGUUCAACGGCUCGCAUUGGACCUGGCAUGCUGAUAACGACCGACCCCGAACUGAUGCGGCGUAUGAAUGCCGUAAGAUCCACAUUCACGAGAGGCCCAUGGUAUGCAGCUCUCAAGCUACAUCCCGAACGUGAGAACAUCACCUCGUACAUCGAUGAGCGCAAGCAUGCGGACAUCCGGAGUCGCAUGGCCCCUGGCUACUCCGGCCGAGAGAACCAUCAUCUUGAGGAAGAGGUCGACGAUAGAUUGAUGAAAAUGCACACUCUAAUCAACGACAAGUACCUGACCCGUCCAGACGAGGGUGUCUACAAGACAUUAGAUCUCAGUCGAGUAACUUCCUUCUUCACACUGGAUGUGAUCUCGCAAAUAGCAUUUGGUCAAGCAUUCGGCUUUCUGGACCACGACGACGAUCCUUUCGGUUAUCUCAAGAACCUGUCAGAAUUUCUUCCCGCAAUUCUCGUCUUCGGCACCUACACAGAGCUGACCAACAUCCUACAACUACCACUCCUCAAAGCCGCCCUUCCCAAGAACACGGACAAGCGCGGUCUCGGGCGCGUGAUGGGCUUUGCCGCCGAACGGGUGCGUGAACGUUUUGGCAGCAAGCCUGUUGUGCGACGCGAUAUGCUCGGAGCCUUCAUCAACAAGGGUCUCACGCAGGAUGAACUGGAAUCUGAAACCCUCACCCAAAUCACCGCCGGCUCAGACUCAACCGCAAGCUCUCUCCGCGUGACCCUACAUUUCAUCUCAACCUCACCUCCAAUUCUCCAUCGCCUACUAUCCGAAGCCAAAGCUGGAAUCUCCGCAGGCAAAAUCUCUAGACCCAUCAUCAAAGACUCCGAAGCAAGAAAAUGGCCCUACCUCCAAGCCUGCAUCAAAGAAGGGCUUCGCAUGUACCCACCCGUCACCGGCUUACUGGCGAAACGCGUCCCCGAUGACGGUACCGUAAUCGAGGUCGACGGUGUCGAAAAAUUCGCUCCGGGUGGAACGCAAAUCGGUUGGAAUAGUUGGGGCAUGAUGCGACACCAAACCAUUUUCGGACCUGAUGUUGAAAUUUUUCGACCUGAACGCUGGCUUCCUCGUGAUGAAAGCGAGCUUGAAAAACAGCGGAUUCAGACUAUGACUGAGACUGUCAGUUUAUGUUUUGGGUAUGGCAGGUUUGGAUGUCUUGGGAGAGGGGUUGCGACGAUGGAGUUGAAUAAGGCUAUUAUUGAGACGCUCCUGCGCUUUAAUCUCCAACCUUGCAGUCUCGCGAAACCUUUUGAUGAAUCGGUCGUGGGGUUUUAUGUUCAUGAGAAUAUGAAUUUUGUGGCUACGGAGCGGAAAGAUUUGGGUGAGGGGGGAGGUGAGGUGGUGUUUGAAGGGGAGGUUGAUGCGGGGGCUAUUGCUGGGGCUUAUGAGGAAUGAUAUUACCUGAUCUUGUUGGGAAGUCUUGGGGAAGGCAAUCGAAUGGGCGGGCGGUGCUCAGGUAUGGAAUGUGCCAGGUGAGCCAGCACUUCUGUGGAAGUUGAGGAUUUGGGGAUGUCUGGAAUCAUCUACCUUGUGAUAUGCGACUCUCGCUGAUUCAUCUAUCUAAUCUAUGCAAGAAUUCGGUCAUACUAUAAUCAAUCCUUCGCACCGCAAACC